AUGCCGAACGAACAAAUACUCUUGACCGAUACCAAUUACGGGUCUUGGAAACCCAAGAUGGAGGACAAACUUAAAAGACUUCAACUGUUGGAAAUAACUUUAAGGCCUCCUUCGAUGACUGAAGAUUUCUCAGCUGAAGAUUUAAACUGGUUUACAGUACUAGAGAGAAAAGCUUAUGACGUUAUAAUUGGCCAUCUAGACCAACAAUCUUCAUUGGUCGCAAACGCUCACACUAUCAAUCAACCCAAAACAGGAUCUAGUUUAUGGAAAUACCUUGAAGGAAGAUAUUCAGUCCAUGGUAUAAUCAAUCAUACAACUUUAUACAAAAAGUUUGAAAACAUCCAAUACAAGUUCAACACUAAUCUUGCUACCUUUUGUAAUGAGAUAAGAACGUCAAUUAAUGAAUUUUCUAAAGCUCAACUCGAGAUCUCAACAAAAUUAUUAAUCGUGAUGAUCUUAGCUAAGCUUCGUGGACCGUUCGAUUAUCGUGUACAACUGAUCUCUCAAGACUUGAACGAUACUCAUGAUGUCGAAUAUGUUUUGAAACGUCUUGAAGAAGAUGUAAUAUUUCUUAACAUGCCAACUUCGCCGAUGUGCCCAACAACUCCGUCGGUGUCUUCUGCUUCCGGAAAACGAAAGACACCACCGUUAUCCGAUUUUCCUCCGAAAUCGAAUAAGACUUUGCUUAAGAUUCCACCAAUUCCUACAGAACCUAGUCUUCAAUGGUAUGAACCACCCUAUCCCCCUCGAAGAAACGGAAAAUAA